AUGGUGGCGGAAGGCUGGGGCAGCCCAGCCACCGAGUGGGCGUGCAGCGGCGGUGGCGGCAGCGGCUACAUGAGCGCUGGGGUGGCUGCGGCCGGGCAGCGGCCCCCCAGCUCGGGGAUCCUGGGCUCUCGGGGCGCGUCGCGCCCGCGCCCCCGCCCGCCCGCGGUCCUCCAGCACCCGGGACAGCACGGCGCGCAGGCUGGGCACAGCGACGCGCAGAAGCGGGUCCUGGACCUGGAGAAGAGCCUGCUGUUCCUGCAGCAGCAGCACUCCGAGACACUGGUCAAGCUCCACGAGGAGAUCGAGUACCUCAAGCGGGAGAACAAGGAUCUCCAUUACAAGCUAAUAAUGAAUCAGAAGCCAAAGAAAGGCAGCAUUUCCAAUUCCAGCUUUCAGUCCAUCAAGUCCGUCUCAAAUUCGACGUCAGCCAGCUCUCAAGGCAAGGCCAGGACCCAGCUUAGCUUCUCCAAGAAGCAAGACUCGAAAGCUGACGUUCCCCAGAAGACGGACCUGGAAGAAGAGAGCCCAGUUGCUGCCCUGUUUCACAAUAGCAAGCUGGACAAAGCCCCUGGGAUGCAGGGGCCGGCCAAAGAUGAAGAAGGGGAGACCUCCAGGGCAGUGGCCGCCUCUGCGGCAGGCAGCCAGCACAAGGGCAAGCAGCCCCCUGGGAUGAGCCUGCCCCCGUACCUGCGCAAGCCCACCACGCUUCAGCAGUGUGAGGUGGUCAUCCGCCAGCUGUGGAAUGCCAACCUCCUGCAGGCCCAAGAGUUGCAGCACCUCAAGGCCCUCCUGGAAGGGAAUCAGAGGCCCAAGGCUGCCCCCAAGGAGGCUGGGCCCAGCUCUCCCAAGGACCAGGAGGCCCUUCACCCGGGAGCCAUGCAGCUCCCCAAGGUCCCCACCAAGGGCGUCCCCAAGAAAUGCCUGAUUCUGAGCCCGAUGCCCGUGGCGGAGCGCUCCAUCCUGCCGGCGCUGAAGCAGACCCUGAAGAGUAACUUCGCCAAGCGGCAGAAAAGGCUGCAGGUGGUGCAGAGCCGGCGGCUGCACCGCUCUGUGCUCUGAGGCCCGCGGCACCCGUCUGCGUCUGCGCGGCAGGUCUCGGCCAGGCCCGUGCCCCUCCCCCGCACCCUUCUGCUGGAGAC